AUUAACUGUGGUACAGAAUCCGGAUCUGACGGGCGCACCUAUGUGCCCAAUAAGGUACCAGGAAAGAACUCAGUAGGAGUCAAACCAAUAGCGUUAGCCCUUCUUGUUGGCCGGGCUGUCUUGCCGUUCCACCAAUGGUUUGAGGAUUUGACUUGGGAGCGACAUCCUGACAGUCCAAUGACGCACGACCAGCCCACACUCAGCACUUCGCAGGAGAUAAAUCAAGGAGCCGUUUCUGGGGUCCCCGUGCUUCUGGAAGGUGAAGCGGGAGGGAGUGACCCCCCGCACCCCUCAGUCCCCCUGCGACGUCGCCUCCAUAGUCUGCAGAGAAGCGGGGACCGCGCACAUCGCCUCGCCUCACAGAAGAACACCGCGCAUUCGGAGCCGGCGCGGCUCGGCGGGUUUUGGUUUUUUGCACUGAAAGUAGCCCAAACUUACCAUCUUGGGCUUGUGUUGCCCCAGGAUACUGUCAUAGACUCACCACUUGGGAAAGUUUCCUUGCCUCCCCUGGGGUGGAGAAGAGGCAGCAGUGGAAGCUCAGGAGAGGGCAAGCAGCAUUCCCCUUUAACGAGCAGUCACAGAUGCGAAAACUCAGAAGUGUCUUCUUGGCCUCAUCUGGUGGCUGCAACUGAACAGAUCACCAGACCCUGGCAGUAUUUGUGUGUUUCUGCAGAGUUUUGCACAGAAUCUGAUCCCAUGCAAACUAAUGAGGGAGAAGUAUCGGAGGAAAGCAGUUCCAAGGUGGAACUGGAGGAUUUUGUAAUGGAAGGGCAUGGCAAGACUCCACCUCCUGGUGAAGAAAGCAAACAAGAGAAGGAGCAAGAAAGGGAAGAACAGUUAAUGGAAGACAAGAAAAGGAAGAAAGAGGAUAAAAAGAAAAAAGAAGCCACUCAGAAGGUCACGGAACAAAAAACCAAAGUGCCCGAAGUGACGAAACCAAGUUUAAGCCAACCAACGGCCGCCAGCCCAAUUGGCAGCUCUCCAUCGCCACCAGUCAAUGGUGGCAACAAUGCCAAAAGGGUGGCAGUGCCGAACGGACAACCGCCAAGCGCCGCCCGCUACAUGCCUCGGGAGGUGCCUCCGCGAUUCCGUUGCCAGCAGGACCACAAAGUGUUACUAAAACGUGGACAGCCCCCUCCACCGUCCUGCAUGCUCCUUGGGGGCGGGGCAGGGCCUCCUCCCUGCACAGCACCUGGAGCAAACCCAAACAACGCACAAGUGUCAGGAACGCUGCUGCAGAGUGAGAGUGGGACUGCACCAGAGUCAACCCUUGGAGGUGCUGCUGCUUCAAAUUAUGCAAAUUCCACUUGGGGCACGGGAGCCUCCUCCAACAACGGCACCUCCCCCAACCCAAUUCACAUCUGGGACAAGGUGAUUGUAGACGGGUCUAACAUGGAAGAGUGGCCUUGUAUUGCCAGCAAAGACACUGAAUCUUCUUCCGAAAACACCACCGAUAACAACAGUGCCUCGAAUCCUGGCUCUGAGAAGAGCACUCUGCCAGGAAGCACCACUAGUAACAAAGGCAAAGGGAGCCAGUGCCAGUCUGCAAGUUCUGGGAACGAAUGUAAUCUUGGGGUCUGGAAAUCUGACCCUAAGGCUAAAUCUGUUCAAUCUUCCAACUCUACUACAGAGAGCAACAAUGGACUUGGUAAUUGGAGGAAUGUGAGUGGUCAGGAUAGAAUUGGACCUGGCUCUGGCUUCAGCAACUUUAACCCAAAUAGCAACCCAUCUGCCUGGCCAGCACUGGUCCAAGAAGGAACUUCUAGGAAAGGGGCAUUGGAAACGGAUAAUAGUAAUUCCAGUCCACAGGUUAGCACAGUAGGUCAGGCAUCCAGGGAACAGCAGUCAAAGAUGGAAAAUGCGGGUGUUAAUUUUGUUGUCUCUGGCAGAGAACAGGCUCAGAUUCAUAACACUGAUGGACCAAAAAAUGGAAACACUAACUCCUUGAACUUAAGUUCACCAAACCCCAUGGAGAAUAAGGGAAUGCCCUUUGGAAUGGGCUUGGGGAACACCUCCAGGAGCACUGAUGCCCCUUCACAAAGCACUGGAGAUCGAAAGACUGGGAGUGUUGGAUCUUGGGGUGCAGCUAGGGGGCCUUCUGGAACUGACACAGUCUCUGGACAAAGCAAUUCUGGAAAUAAUGGGAACAAUGGAAAAGAUAGAGAGGACUCCUGGAAAGGAGCUUCUGUUCAGAAAUCAACUGGGUCAAAAAAUGAUUCUUGGGACAACAAAAACAGGUCUACGGGUGGGUCCUGGAACUUUGGCCCUCAGGACUCUAAUGACAACAAAUGGGGUGAAGGGAACAAAAUGGCAUCUGGGGUCUCUCAGGGAGAAUGGAAACAGCCUACUGGGUCUGAUGAGUUGAAAAUUGAAGAAUGGAGUGGUCCAAACCAACCAAAUUCUAGCACUGGAGCAUGGGACAAUCAAAAGGGCCACCCCCUCCCUGAAAACCAAGGCAAUGCCCAGGCUCCCUGUUGGGGAAGAUCUUCCAGCUCCACAGGAAGUGAAGCUGGAGGUCAGAGCACUGGAAGCAACCAUAAAGCAGGAAGUAGUGACAGUCAUAAUUCUGGCCGUCGGUCAUACAGGCCCACACAUCCUGAUUGCCAGGCUGUCUUGCAGACUCUUUUGAGCCGAACUGAUUUGGACCCUAGGGUGCUCUCAAACACUGGCUGGGGCCAAACUCAAAUUAAGCAGGACACAGUGUGGGAUAUCGAAGAGGUGCCAAGGCCUGAGGGGAAAUCUGACAAAGGAACUGAGGGGUGGGAGAGCGCUGCCACACAGACCAAGAACUCAGGGGGCUGGGGAGAUGCACCCAGCCAAAGCAAUCAAAUGAAGUCUGGAUGGGGGGAGCUCUCAGCCUCGACAGAGUGGAAAGACCCCAAGAAUACAGGAGGCUGGAAUGACUAUAAGAACAACAAUUCUUCCAACUGGGGAGGAGGACGACCAGAUGAAAAGACACCUUCCUCUUGGAAUGAGAAUCCCAGCAAGGAUCAGGGGUGGGGAGGUGGACGACAACCCAAUCAAGGAUGGACUUCUGGGAAGAAUGGUUGGGGAGAGGAAGUUGAUCAAGCAAAGAACAGCAAUUGGGAAAGUUCUGCAAGUAAACCUGUGGCUGGGUGGGGUGAAGGAGGGCAGAAUGAAAUUGGAACUUGGGGUAAUGGAGGGAAUGCAAGCCUAGCUUCAAAAGGUGGGUGGGAAGAUUGCAAAAGAUCCCCUGCAUGGAAUGAGACAGGCAGGCAGCCCAAUUCCUGGAAUAAACAACACCAACAGCAGCAGCCACAGCAGCCACCAACACCACAACCAGAGGCUUCCAGUUCAUGGGGAGGCCCACCCCCACCACCUCCAGGCAAUGUUCGACCUUCCAAUUCCAACUGGAGCAGCGGGCCCCAGCCCGCAACCCCUAAGGAUGAGGAACCCAGCGGUUGGGAAGAGCCAUCCCCGCAGUCAAUCAGUCGGAAAAUGGACAUUGAUGAUGGCACUUCAGCAUGGGGAGACCCUAACAGUUAUAACUACAAGAAUGUGAACUUGUGGGAUAAGAAUUCCCAAGGGGCCCCAGCACCUCGAGAACCAAACCUGCCCACCCCAAUGACCGGAAAAUCAGCAUCGGUCUGGAGCAAAAGCACACCACCUGCUCCAGAUAAUGGGACUUCAGCUUGGGGUGAGCCGAAUGAAAGCAGUCCUGGGUGGGGAGAAAUGGAUGAUGCAGGAGCAUCGACCACGGGCUGGGGGAACACACCCGCCAACGCUCCCAAUGCCAUGAAACCCAAUUCUAAAUCUAUGCAAGACGGCUGGGGGGAGAGUGACGGGCCAGUCACAGGAACUCGCCAUCCCAGCUGGGAAGAGGAGGAUGAUGGAGGAGUCUGGAACACCACCAGCUCUCAGGGAAGUGCUUCCUCCCACAACUCAGCAAGCUGGGGACAAGGAGGAAAGAAACAAAUGAAGUGCUCACUAAAAGGAGGAAACAAUGAUUCAUGGAUGAAUCCUCUUGCCAAACAGUUUUCAAAUAUGGGAUUGUUGAGUCAAAGUGAAGAUAAUCCAAGCAGCAAAAUGGAUUUGUCUAUAGAUAAGAAGUUUGAUGUGGACAAGCGAGCAAUGAAUCUCGGGGAUUUUAAUGAUAUCAUGAGGAAGGAUCGAUCUGGGUUCCGUCCACCUAAUUCCAAAGACAUGGGAACCACAGAUGGUGGGCCUUAUUUUGAGAAGCUGACUUUGCCUUUCUCCAAUCAAGAUGGGUGCCUUGGGGAUGAGGCUCCCUGCUCUCCCUUCUCCCCUACUCCCAGCUACAAGCUGUCUCCCUCUGGUUCCACACUACCCAACGUCAGCCUUGGAGCAAUCGGCACAGGGCUCAACCCCCAAAACUUCGCUGCUAGACAAGGCAGCAAUCAUGGUUUGUUUGGAAACAGCACAGCACAAUCGAGAGGUCUGCACACCCCAGUGCAGCCACUGAGUUCUUCUCCUAGUCUCCGGGCGCAAGUGCCUCCCCAGUUUAUCUCCCCCCAGGUUUCUGCCUCAAUGCUCAAGCAGUUUCCCAACAGUGGCCUGAAUCCAGGUCUUUUCAAUGUGGGGCCCCAGUUAUCUCCUCAACAAAUUGCCAUGCUGAGCCAGCUUCCACAGAUUCCCCAGUUUCAGUUGGCAUGUCAGCUUCUCCUGCAGCAGCAGCAGCAGCAGCAGCUGCUCCAGAACCAGAGAAAGAUUUCACAAGCAGUGCGCCAGCAGCAAGAGCAGCAGUUGGCUCGAAUGGUGAGUGCUCUCCAGCAGCAGCAGCAGCAGCAGCAACAGCAGCAGCAGCAGCAGCAGCAACGACAACCUAGCAUGAAGCAUUCGCCAUCUCAUCCUGUUGGGCCCAAGCCACACCUGGACAACAUGGUACCCAAUGCACUGAAUGUGGGGCUCCCAGACCUUCAGACCAAAGGGCCAAUCCCUGGAUAUGGUUCUGGCUUCAGUUCUGGCAGCAUGGACUACGGCAUGGUUGGUGGGAAGGAGGCGGGGACCGAGUCUCGCUUCAAGCAGUGGACCUCCAUGAUGGAAGGACUGCCUUCUGUGGCCACACAGGACGCCAGCUUGCACAAAAAUGGCGCUAUAGUGGCCCCUGGUAAGACCCGUGGAGGGUCACCAUACAACCAGUUUGAUAUCAUCCCUGGUGACACACUGGGUGGUCAUACGGGUCCUGCUGGUGAUAGCUGGUUACCUGCCAAAUCUCCACCAACAAAUAAAAUCGGAAGUAAAUCCAGCAAUGCCAGUUGGCCUCCAGAAUUCCAACCAGGAGUGCCAUGGAAAGGUAUCCAAAACAUUGACCCUGAAUCUGACCCCUAUGUCACCCCAGGAAGUGUGCUGGGGGGUACAGCCACGUCUCCCAUUGUAGAUACUGACCACCAACUGCUGCGGGAUAACACCACAGGGUCUAAUUCUUCCCUCAACACCUCGCUGCCUUCACCUGGUGCCUGGCCCUACAGUGCCUCUGAUAACUCCUUUACCAACGUUCAUAGCACUUCAGCAAAGUUCCCCGAUUACAAAUCCACGUGGUCCCCAGAUCCCAUAGGACACAACCCCACUCAUCUCUCCAACAAGAUGUGGAAAAACCACAUCUCCUCCAGGAACACUACACCGCUGCCCCGCCCGCCUCCCGGCCUGACCAACCCCAAACCGGCGUCUCCCUGGAGCAGCACAGCACCCCGUUCAGUCAGGGGCUGGGGAACACAAGACUCUCGGCUUGCCUCUGCCUCUACCUGGAGUGAUGGUGGCUCAGUUCGUCCUAGUUACUGGCUGGUUCUUCACAAUCUCACUCCACAGAUUGAUGGGUCAACCUUGAGAACAAUCUGCAUGCAGCAUGGUCCACUGCUGACAUUCCAUCUGAAUCUAACCCAGGGCACGGCCCUGAUCCGAUACAGCACCAAACAGGAGGCAGCCAAGGCCCAGACUGCACUGCACAUGUGUGUGUUGGGAAACACUACCAUCCUGGCUGAGUUUGCCACUGAUGAUGAAGUUAGCCGCUUUCUGGCACAAGCUCAGCCCCCUACACCUGCAGCAACCCCGAGCGCACCGGCUGCAGGGUGGCAGUCGUUGGAGACCGGCCAGAACCAGUCGGACCCCGUCGGACCUGCGCUGAACCUUUUCGGUGGGUCCACUGGGCUCGGGCAAUGGAGCAGCAGUGCUGGUGGCAGCAGUGGGGCCGAUCUUGCUGGCGCUUCGUUGUGGGGGCCCCCAAACUAUUCUUCUAGCUUGUGGGGAGUCCCGACUGUGGAAGAUCCCCAUAGGAUGGGUAGCCCUGCUCCUUUACUACCUGGUGACCUUCUGGGAGGAGGGUCGGAUUCAAUCUGAACUUAGAACUUUCAACUCUGACCUCGUGACCUUUUUUGGAACAGCAGCAGCACUAACUUGACCUUUUCGUUUUUUUUUUCAACUUGCAAUAAAUACAUUUUUAAAAGGAAAAAAGAAAACGGAGAGAGAAAAAAAGGUGGGUCAUUGCAGACUGUCUGAGCACAUAGUUGCCUCCCUUAUAACUUCAGUUUUUUCGUUUGGAAUAUGAAUCCAAAAAGAGAACAUAUCACUCUUGAAAUACUUGAAUCAUGAACGCCAACCUAGAAAGACAAUGUGAAGCAAGUACACAUACCAUUUAAAUUUAAACACAAAAAAUUAAAAAAAUUAGUUUCUAGUUUUUCACUUUUUUCAUGUUAUAUGGAAGUUGUUGCUAAGAAACAUAUAUACUGAAAAAAAAUAGCUUUUUAACUUUGUUUGCACUGGGUGUGUUUCCGUCCUUAGGUCUACCAUGUUUGGGAGGGAGGGAAAUUCAAAAGAAUUGUUGGGGGAGGGGGGAGGGAAGACUUGACGGAGCCUCACUUUAAACACAAAAAACCUAAAAAAAAAAAAAAAAAAAAAGGAAAAAAUUUGUGAUUGGCUGGUUGAUAAAUACCAGUGUGUUCUGGCACAUGUAACUGCCCAGGCAUGCUCGUUCUGGUAUGUGUGUGCACGUGUGUUCAUGUGCAUUCGCGUGCAUCCUCCUCUGUCUCUGUGUGUGCCUGCGUCCUGCCCUCCACCUCCCACCCCAACCUGAUUCUCAGAAAGCUGCAUUGCUGACAGUCCACAGGCUGGCUGGCCGGCCAUCUGCUACUUCUUUUUUUUAAAACUAUGAGAACACACAAGCAUGGGGAGCCGCUGCGACUCCAUCCACUCCGUUGAGCUGCACUGAAUCGAAGAGUGCUUUUUAAUGAUGAGCACAGGGAGCUCCUUUCCAUUUGUGCAUCAGCAUCAGCCUGAGUGUGAGUUCUCUGGCUUUUCUCUUGACCUAGCAGUAGAGCGGAGCACUGCCAACUCCAAGAAUCGGAGAGCAGGAGGUACCUCUUGGAGCAACUGUGUGUUCAUUUUCUGUUUUUCAAAAUGAAUGCCCAAUAGGCACAUCUGAGUACUUGUUAAGUUUCACGCAGGCCUUUUCAUUAGUUUGAACGGGAACAGAAGAUGAGAUAGUUUUUAAAUUAUGUGAUGUCUCAAAAGCAGAAAAAAUGUAUUCCGUCUUUCCUGUGUGAUCAGGUGUGAGAAAGUUGUCCAAAAAAAAACCAAUCAGGUAGUCCCGAAUUAAAUUUCUAUUGGUUCUCAUUUUUGUUCAAUGGAAAUAAAGUUGUGAGCAGCCUCCUGGAAGCAUCGCAGCUCCUCCCUCUGCUCCUCUCUUCGCCGAGCGUUACCUGUGCCAGGCCAUGGCGUUGUUACAGCACCAGGCCAUCACUGACAGAGACGUUUACUUAACGAAUGUUCUUAAACCAGUGUGUACUUCAAGCGUUUCCUUUUGUUUCUCUGUGUUGUGUAUUUCCUGUGUAUGUGGUUUUGCUUAGGCAGGAUAACUUAGCAAAGACUUUUAAGUAUUGCACCUUUUUUGGUUUUGACCUCUUUUUUUUUCCUUGUAAUGUUGCUUUCUUAUUUCGGUAUUUAAAGACUUAUUUUUUAAGCAUCAGUGUAGUAGUACUCUGGGCCGAACAGGAGGCAAUGUUUAAUCCACAGUUAUCACCAACAUGUAUGUACUAUGUUGGAUUCAAAAUAUAUAAAACUGCUUAUUGUGAAGAGAGUGACAGAAGACCUGAAGGGGUUUCCCUUCAUAUAAAGCAGAUGUUGGGGCGGGCAGGUGGGGGAGGGGGAUGUGUGCCGGUGACAUGCUAGCACUUGUGUGGACGUCCCAGUCUGCAUCAUACUGUUCAACAUAAAGUGCCGACAUUCUGUACCAGCAAAUACCUGCCCAUUCCAGCCCUUGGUGGGAGCAGACCUCUACUGUCCUCCAUAUCUUGCUGCUAUUGAGGACAAGGGAGUUUUUCUUUCUUUAGCAUCUUCAGUGAAGGAUACAGCAAUGCCUAAUGUAUUUUUUCAGCUUGUGUCUGUGUGCAGGUGGGUAGAUGGGUGUGUAUAGGAAAAGGCAAAAAAAACCCUAAAUUAUUUGCAUGUAAGUGGUUUUGUGAGAUACAGAAUGGGAAAUUCUGAAGUCCUCUUCUUGGCUUACCCUGUUGAUGACAAACCUAGCCUCAAAUGAGAUUGACAAGCAUAAUUCAAGUGAGCGCUUGCACUUGCCAGUCUUUGGGAGCCCAUUGUGGGUGGGUAAUCAAACUUGAGUUUGUAGUGCUGGUCUGGUCCGGCGGAUGCCUUGUCCAAACUGACUGUGCCCUCCUCCUCCUCUCUGGUUUUCAUCACCACUGUGCCCCUCCUACCUCUUCCCCCACAAGAUGUCUUUUUUCAGCCCCACUGACUGAUUUCUGCCUUGCAGCAGAGCCCUGUUGUGUUGUAUGGUGACCUCCAUGGGGAAGCGCAGCUUGUGUUCAGACAUCCACAGACAGAAGGCUUCAAUCUUAGUGUCCCCGGAGCCAGAGCCCAUCCCGCGGCUCCUGCAAGCCAGUGGGGACUGUCCACUGCCGCUCUUGGUUCACGGCUGUGUCCUGCCCUGCCCUCCUCCUCUCCUGCCUGUUGGGUCCUUGACCUGCACUAUGGCUUAGUUGAGUUCCUUACGAUACUACGGUGAAAGCCGGGUGCUAGAGCCCCUCUUGUUUACAAGACAUAAAUGAGGGAUUUGAAAUAUGUAAAAUAAACACGAGAAGCUAAAAUGUUCUUCCAUCAUAAGCUUAAAGGGGAAAAAACUGAAAACUUAAAAAAAAGACCAAAAAGUGCGUAUAUAUAUAUAUAUAUAUAUAUACAUAUAAAUAUAUAUUUUAGAUGAAGACUAACUCUGGGAGCAUUUAACAGUGUUUUUUGUUUUUGUUUUUAACAUUUAUUUUCCUGCUUUAAAAUUUGCAAGCAUUCUCAGGAAUUCUAGGGUAGGAAGCCAGUUUUUGAAGAUGGUUUAUUUAACCGUAUCUUAUCCUAGAUAGACGGCUGUUUCUUUCCUGUUAAUAAACUUUUACAAGUUCCUGAAACUUCAGAAAGUUUAGACAAUUUUUACUUAAAAAACAUGUAAAAAGAAAAGUCUCCAAAUGUUGUCUUACUGGGGAUCACACAUUUUAAAACACAUAGAAAUAUUUUUUAAAAAUUAUCAAUUUAGCAGCAACAGGUAAAUUCAUUAUCUUAAAAAAUAUGGGAGAAGGAUUAAGCUUUCAGAGAGCUCUAUCAUGGACUUAUUUGAAAUUCUGUGAUUGAAUGGGGGAGCGUUUGGUGUACAUACAUAGGAAUGCUACCACAUUGUUCCUUUCCAUGUAGACUGAACUGAAAUCUCCCCUAGGCAUUUUUAUUUUUUUAACGGAACCCUUCUCCCUCUCCCCCUGCCCCAGCGACGAAAGGAAUAAAGAAAGAAACAACAGCUUAAAACAAAAAGAGAGAGAGAGUAAAAGAGUAACUUUAAUCUGUAAAAUAGUAUGGUUGGAUUGCUGAGAAUCUAUGUAAAGAGUUAGGAAAUAUAGGUUAAUUUUUGGAACAAUUUUUAAAUAUAGGCAUUAUUACAAAAUUAUCUAUGGAGUGUUCUGUUAAUGAAGAAUGUCUGUCUUACCUCCAAGUAUUAUGGGAGGAGGAGAAAAUAUAGAAGAAUCUAAUGAGGAACAAGUGAUUUUACUUUUUUAGCUCCCAGCUACUAUUGUGCUUGUUUUAAUUGCUGUUUUGAAGGUCUGCUGCUUAAUUAUCCCCAUCCCUCCAGGGAGUCGGAGUGUUUCCUUUCAGUUUUGGUGAUGUUGGAUUCUCCUUUUGUAUUCCCUCCUGGGGCCAGGGGUCAGAAUUCCUAAUCAUGACCACAGCUUCUUUCAAACAUUAAGCUUCCCAGUGGGAAAGAAACUCCAGCUCCACAGGUAAAGGGAGUAGGUGGGGUUGCUGCCUGCAAUUUCUCUAAAACCGCUUUAGUGCCUUCACACAUACACCCAGACAUCCUAAGCAAGGGGAUGAGUGUGUAUGUGCAUGUGGUCCGGACACUAUGCAGCUGGUAAGACGCUGGCCCAUAAAGAAAAUUGGAGUGAUCCUGGACAGGCCCCAAAGGCAGUGGGCUAAAUUGAAGCAAAUAAAAAUCAAGGGAAAUAAUGCUUUUAUGUCUUGAUAAUGUGGAAUGCCAAGUUCCUUCCUUGCAUUGUGUGCCCUCGGUUACCAUGCUUUUCCAGGUGUGUAAUGAUGACAGCUAUAGUGACUUGAAAGUCUUUUGUGCUGGGCCCGUGGAAGGGGGUUCUUGUUUUUCUGCUCCUGUCCUCCUUUGUCUCCUUCCUCCUUUCUCCCCUCCCCCCUUGUGUCAACUUGCUGGAAGGUUUGCUUUAUAGGUUGGCAGUAACCUAAGAACAGAAUAUGGUGAGGGUGUCGUGAAAGAGGAAAGCUCUUUUCUUUCCCUGGUAUUCUUUGGCAAAAGCCAUGUUUACCCUGAAGUUAGGUAACUUCAGAACACUUAGAUUCUAACUCAGUGGGAGUGUCCUCUUUUCCACCACAUAUAUGGAGGCUUGCUGGUCACUUUCAUUACUUAGACUUAAUGUUGUACACAUUUUGAACAUGUACAUGUGAGCUUUCCAUUUUUGUACUUUUUUUUUGGUACCGGGGAUCAAACUCCUUGGGUCCUUGUGCUUGCACAGCGGGCAGCGAAACCACUGAGCUAAAUCCCCGGCCCUAGUUCUUUCAUUUUUAAACACUUUGAUUACUAGUGGCUAGAAGUGUGCAUCUCUCUUAAACAUCACAAACUUAGUGUCUACCACAUGAGUGGCCCUAAGAAGAUGCAAGAGUAGGGAAAGGGAUGUCUUCCAUCAGACAGAGGACCCUCUGCUGCCAGUGAGAUCCAGCGCCAUCACCUCACUUUUAAGUAUUGCAAAAAGCUCUGGUCUUUAAGACACUGUCAAGAAAUAAGAUGCUCUGUUUAACAUCUCUGACCCCUCAUCUCUAACCCUUGAAAUUUUCCGUGUACGACACUCAAGAGUGAACUUAGCAAUGCUGAAGUUAAGAUUCCAAACCGUGCAUUCAAUCCCCAGCACCACCAAAAAAUAAACUCUGAACCACAUUCUUUCAUCAGUGUCCUCCCAGUAAAUCAACAUCCAUUUAUUGCCAUUCAGCUAGUUUUACUCAAAACAGCUUGCUGUUCAACUAUUAUGGCUUCUGUUCUAAAAUUUUUCCCACCUCUUCUGACACGAAUAUAGCAUGAGUUAGCAAUGGCUCUUCUAAGCUGCUGCAUGUUGAAUGUUGUAUAUAAGAUAGGCAAUGGGGAAAAAGAAAGGAAAAGAAGUUCCUGCAUUCGAAUUUGAAGCGCCUUUAUUAAUGUAUCUACCAGAAACUAAGAAUUUAUGGGCUGUUAACUUACUACAUUCACUCUUCCUUUCACCCUUUUCUUGGAGGAGGUGCAGUUUUUGUAAGGUUAACAAGCCAGAUUCCAUUUUGACCUCAGAUGCUGUGUGCUUUUUAAUUUUUUUUUUUUAUUCUGAUGUCUUGACUCUUAGCGUUUGUGUACUAAGCAAAGUGCUGAAGCCAAACCUGUUGUCCACUGCAGUGUAAACGAGAUGUUUUCAACAGACUUGGCUGUAGUAGCCAUCUCUAAGAUAAGGGCACAAUUGAGUGUUUUUGUAGAAAAAGUCUCAUUGUUCCUUAUUCCCAGAGUUAAAAUUCAGCGUAGAAAAAGCUUUGUCACUUACUCUUUUCGGUUUGAAUAUUUUAUUUGAAGUAUCUGUAAGGUCUUCAACUAGGAGUAGAGAUACAUUUUUAGCUGGUCAAAAGAAAAAUAAAUCAAACUUUCUUCUUCAUUGUUGCCAAGUUUUGUCAUAUUUCAUGUCUGUGCAUUAACUAUACUUCUUAAUGUUACUACAAAAAGAAAUCUUAUUCCAUGGUUUUGUUUUUCCUUCUGUGAGUGUACAGCUAAGGCUGCAUACUGUGUAAUGUAGAUGAGGCUAUUCUAGACUCUGUAUACAGUGAAUUGUCCAUCUUCAGACCUCAUUCAGAAAAUAAGGUACCCUUAAGCCCUGCUGCACACCACACCAUACCCCUUGGCUUCUUUACCUACAAGGACAAGGUAUCCAAUACAGUCUAGAAAUAGAUAAAUAUUAAGAAUGCUUUCAAGGUCAUCCAUCAACAAGGAAACUCAGAAUAAUAUCUAUAUUUCCAGAGUUUGUGCAUACCCUAUAGUAUGGUCUGUAGUUCUAUGGCCUGUGCCAAAGGUGUUUAUAUGUUCAAAGAUGGUCCCUAUUUGUCAAUGAUAGUAGUUUUUUUUCCUUUGACCUUAGUUUGACAAAGGAGGUGAUUGCAUCACAUCCUUUAGAUUUGAAAUAAUCGUCAGCUGCAAGAAUUCUAAACAUAGUGAUAACUUAAUAAAAAUUGAACAUUAGCCUUCCCUAAACUACCCAUAACACCUCUCUACCCUGUACCCCAUGCUGCCAAAGAAGGAGGCCAUGAACAUCUGAGGAUAGUAAAGGAGGGACACUAGUCAGGGAGUGGAGGGCUGCUCCCACCAGCUCAGCAUCCAUACUCUCUGCAUGUGGUCAGUCAGAUGAAAUCCUAAGCAAUUAUGAAAUAUUCAUAACAUGAGUAAUUUUUAAACUAUCAAUCUCAUGUUGUAACCUACUAGCACCCCUAAAAAAAGGAAUGAAGUUACAAAAACUGCCAGUGUUUGCCCCACAGAAUUUAAAUAGUUUCUUUUUCAUAGGUGUAUACCUGGAUUUGUUUUUUGCAUGAAGCUGCAUACUAGGGAAGUGGUACUGCCCUGACCAGAAGGUCUUGGCCAAGCCCAGCCAUUGAUUCUUCAUUGUGACAAAUGCUUGUCUUUUUGAAGGAGGGGGAAAGUCAAGUAAAAUACACAGGCAAAAAGUGUUCUGUUUUAAAUAAGAAAGAAAUAGUGUUUCCCCUAAAACAGUGUGCCUCAGCGCAGUUUUCAAACUAUGAGUCAUUGCUUUGGAAAUAAAUUCCCAAUUAUAACUGAUCCAUUUUUCCAGCCAGCAUCAGUAAGUUGAGAUAUUUUUUCAAAACAGGAGAUUGUUCCUUGCUGCUUGCCUUUCGCUUCUCCUCCCUGGCUUCCUGGACCUCCUGGUGAAUCAGGUGUUCAUUCUCCUUGGGCCACUGAAAGUGUACCUCACUGGUAGAGAGGCAUCAGAAGGUGACUGGAGGCAAGAUGAAGCAGUCUCACUUCAGGACUGGCUUGACCGCAGAGCUUUGCAGAGACAAAGUUGACAGAUCCUAAAUGCAUUCGCCAAAAAUGAAAAGGGGCAUUUUUGCAAAACAAACAACCUUGAGAACCCUUCAAGAAGUCACAUACCUUGUAAAGGUAGUAUUUUUUUUUCACCAAGUGAUACAUUUUUAGCAUGAUACUUCUUGCCAGAAAUUUCAAGUUAAGUUAGAAUAAAUGUGUUCAAAACACCACCCCCAAGCCCCUUCUUAAUUUUGUCCAAGGACUCUCUUGAGUGUAGUACUUCUGAAUGUGCCUUUGUGAGUAUGGAGACUGUCUUCUGUAGGUAGAGACUGCCAGUUGUGGAAACAGAAAGACAGUCACUUUAGCCUUCAGCAGUCAGAGUUCCACCAGGCGCCCCAGGGGGAGCUGUGGAAUUUUCAUUUGCAUCAAUAUUGCACAGUGUUGUUGUGUGGAAGAGAUUCUGGGACUUGGUUAAUGAGGUAUGGUUGCACAAAUGACAGAGGCCCAGGUUAGGCCUAGAGUGCGGGUUGGCUUCUGCAGCUGCAUUCCUUAGUUUUCUUUGUACAUGUGCAUGUGUGGCUGUUUAAUCUUUUGUUUUUCUGUGAUCACUGGAGAUUGGAAUGUAGUGAUAUUUGUGACAUUCAUGCAUGUAGAGCAGGCAUUUUCUGGCUUCAGUUUGGCCACCCAGUUUCACCCUUUCACCUUACAUCCUGAGAAAGUGGAAGCCACACCAUGUUGCUAUUCAUGCUAACAGGGUAUCACACACCAGGAAAAAGGUUUUGAAAGACUUAAGAUUUUAAGUGAGAAAGGAAAGAGGAAAACCCAAAAUCAUAUUUUAUUUCUUCAGAGCUAUUAUAGCUAACCAUAGGAAUGUGUAGUAUCUCCUACUUUGUUUUGGUGUUUGUUUUCAACGAUUCCAUCUCUUCUCCCUACUCCCUGUGUCCUUAAGAAAUAGCAAAUGAAUACUAAGGGCCAUUUCCACAGAUUCCUCAGAACCCUCCCAGGAGAUCCCUUCAGCCUUGUCAGGGUGACACAGGGAGGAGGGUGCUGCGCUUCCUGUGCUCUGCUCAUUCCCCUCUAAUGGCCUUGAAAUGUAUUAUUAUGCAAAUGUGAAUUUUGAUACUGAAUUUAAGAAGAGGGUGUUGGAUUUUCUUUCUUUUUUCAAACAAAAAGGUCCAUAUGUGGUCAUCAUUGCUUCAUUUUGUAACGUGAAUUAUAACUAUGCAUUCUGCAAGGGGGGAGGGCAAAGGGGAAGGAAGUUGCUUUUCAUCCUUGUUCUCCGGUUUCUGUGUCCAUGGUAUCCCCAUGUCCAGGAGGGAAAGGGGAGUGAGAGAAAAUGCACUAAGGUCAUCACAGUGAGGCUGAAAGAGACCUCUGAGGCCUCUCGCCAUGCCCGGCAGGUCUGAUAGCCAGGCACAUUACGGGGAGCCUACAGCUCCUGUCCAUUUAUGAAGUACAGGAGUCUUCAUCUAGCCGUGCAGUGUUAAUCCGGGGCAACAAUGGGACCCCAAAGACUCCAGUGUUCUCUGGACAAAAGUACUCAUCCUUUCCUGAACUCAGAACCCUUUCAAGCUCAGGAAACCAUGCCUCAUGCUGAUGUUAAUCUUUAUGUCAAUUUCAAAAACUUACCCUCUUUUUUUUUCUUCUUUUUUAAUCAUUGUUAAGUGAACUUAAGUGAGGAAAUUGUCCUACUCUUAAGGAGAAGAGGGCAGUUGCCUGCUAUUGCUUGACAGGCAAAAAAGCAUUCUCUCCCUUAUCUGCUGUCCCCAGCCAAAUAUCUCUCUGCUUCCCUUGCAUCACUACACUGUACAUAGCUGGCGAGCAGUAAAAUUCUGACACAGGAACUGCCUACAUUCAUCCUCUUCGUUCUGACAGUUCUUUUGUUGAUCUUGCCUGUGAUAUAUCAUAGCACCCCAUUGAUCUGGUCUAGGCAUUUUUUGCAAUACAGUAUCGUAAGCAAAAGAUUGUGGCCUGUAUUCAGUGUUUUCCAUGCAGCAAUUUUUGUUGUUGAUGUUCACAGUACUGUAAUGAGUAACCAGACUUGAUCACAGUCUUCUGUGCCUGUGCAGGACUGCACGGGCAUGAUCUUAUCAGGGUUCCAAUCUGUUAGAUUGCCUUUUAACAAAAAGCAAAACAAAACUCCUGACGUUUCAACUAACACAAAACUAUACCUCGAGGUAUAUUUAUUUCCCCUGCAAUGUAAACCCUUAACUCCUGUCUCCUUUCUGACAUUGGUGGGUUAUCCUUUAUAAGAUAUGAACAUGUAAAUAGCAGGAUAACUUUUAAAACAUUUUCUUUGCUGUGAAGGUAAUCCUAAAAUAUGAUAUAUUCCAUGUUAAGCCAUCAGAAGUUUCAGAUCUGAAUUCUUUCAUGUUUAAGAAGAAAAGGCAGAGCAAGUCAGUGGGGUGGAUUUGCAUCUGAGCUAGGGCUGUUCUCUCCUUGGCCCCACACACAGUGACAGCAGACCAGUCAGUGUCUAAGCCCUAUCCUCACUAGGUGCCAUCGUUUCCAGCAUCCUAGUUCUGGGGUAGGGAAUGUCUGAAUUUCUUUCUUCCAGAAGAUCAGUCCCCUCUAGGGACUCCAGAAGGUUUUCUGUGUGACACCUUGAGCUCUUACCCAUCCUUGGUGUACACACACAUUCGUUGAGUAUCAUUCUGAAGUUUCACCCUGGGAUUUAGUCCCUGGCAUUUCAAUGUAUGCUAUAGAAUUCAUGGCCUUGUAUUAUGAUGCUCUGGAGAUGUUCUAGUUUCUUACUUUGAAGGAAACUCAUUUAAGGAGACGCCCAAACCCUGAAAGCUGUGUGCAUUCUCAGAUCUUCCUCUCUCCAUGAGGCUUAAGGCUGACUUUAGCAGAGGGAAAUACAUUUAACACAUGCUGCUCGUAGGGCUCUGUCAGCUACUUCCCUUAUUAGAUUUGGGCUCCCACGAGGCAGGGUUGGAAUGGAUAGUCUUGAAUAGCUUCUUUAGGAAAGCCCUCUUUUGCCCCACUUUAUGCAAACCUAUCAAGAAGCCCUUUUGGUGUGAUCUCACUGAUCUUGUAUAGUGACGACUUCCUUUGAGGGAAGAAACUUGAUUAUAAGUGCAUGCACAUUAUCUACCCACCUUCUGAUUUGGACACUGUCAAGUUAGGAUUUUACUUCUGUUGUUUAUCUGGAGGCGAUUAUCCUGUCAGUGUCCUUCCUCUGAUCCCCAUAGGCUCUGCCUGCCCUUGUAUCCCUCUCUGAUGGUCCCAAAGGGCUCUGCUGAUCUCUACACCUCUUUUCUGGGACAUACCCCACCACCACCACCCUUUGCACACACCAGUGACCAAAGUGUUUGCAGUGGUCUCACAGAAGACAUCAAAACGGUGCACGCACCUCGAAUGUGCUCAGAGACACGUGCACAAGAUUCUGCACCCAUGGCCUUAAUCUCAGCACGAUUUAAGGUGCAGGAACAUUUUUAACAGGUUAAAAAAAAUCUUCUGGGAGGGAAAAAGCAGAUACAACAGCUCAACUGUGCCCACUUCUAACUGUCCACUCUACACCUUCAUGUUGUGUGCCGACCCAUCCCAUCUGUGUUCUGCAUAACCAAAAACAGACAACAAAACCAACCUGAGGAGAGGUUUCUGGACUAUUUUAUCUUUCUCCCUUUCGAUGGAGAUAUAAAUGCUGCUUUGGGUUCCAUAAUCCUAGGGGGCUAUGUUUACAUAGUGACAUACAUCCUACCAAAUCAGGAAACAGUGGAUAGCAGGACUCACUUCAGUGAGUGGUCACUGAAGGUGAGGGAGGACCUGGGGGCAUGGCCAAGGAGGAGAGGCAGAGAAGUACUUUUUAAUUCCUUGUGACACAUGACCCCCAUUCUCCUCUCUUCCUCCCUCUGUGGCGCUCCUUGCCCCUUUUAAACAGAAGGUGCAGAGAAGAGCAUCAAAAGAAGGCUGGAUUUUUUUAAGAGGCAGCUUUCCAACUUUGCACACAGAGGUAACAAGGUACAGCAAAAAUCAUCCUCUCAUCUGAAACACUGUCAGCAGAAACAACCUGUCAAAAGGACUAAAUAGCUGCACAUACUGAUGCUUUCUGCAAGUUACCUAUAAGUGUUUUGUUUUUUCUUAUACUUGAAAUAGCUUUUACAAUAUUAUUUUGGUGGCUUUCUUUUCUCUCUUCUGAUGGGCAAUAGAGAAAGUGGAUGAUGAGAUUUAAGGACACUUGAGGGGAGAAAAGAGAGGAUAUGGCAUUGUCUUUUUUGUUUUUAACAUAGAGAUUUAAUCAAACUCCCAUAUGUUGAAAUUGCUCCUCAUAUUACUGGUUUUACAUGGACACAGAAACUAGGCACUUUAGAGGUGCACUUGCACGGCAGGCUGGGCCCCCUUUUUCUAUAUUUUAUUUUACUUUUUUAGUAUAGUGGUACUUAAAAUCACUGGUUCACUUAAAAAAACAAUAAAAUGUUAAACUCUACUAAUGUACAAAUAAGCUGAAAAGUUGCAUUUUAUGUGUAUUUUUUGCCAUAGCAGGUACUGUAUUUCUCAUGCUGGAUUUCAAAAAAUAUAUAUAUAUAUCAAAAACAAACAAAAAAAACUGAAGGGUCGUGUUUUAUUGGAUUGUGACAGGUUGAGUAAUAAGGAAUUAAGUCGCCGUCAUUUCAUUAAAACUGAGAGAUGAUGUCAUACAUAUAUAAGAGUUUCCUGAAGGGUUUUUUUGGGCUUUUAAAAAACAGCUUAUUUUUGUUUUUGUUUAGUUUUUUAUUUUAUUUUAUUUUGAAAAGAUAUGAUUGUAUUAUGUGCAACUCAGUUGCUUACAUUAUAACUACAAAAUAUUUUUGGGUUUCUGGAAAAAAAAAAGAAAACAGACUAAUAAAUGUGUUUGGCUGCUAAGCAUU